ACUGCUUAUUCUGUUGUUGUGGCAGUCAUGGCGUCCUGCUGUAAGCUGUCAGAUCUUUUCCCCAUUCAGAGCCAGUUAGACUCUGCUUUAGAGGACGCGAAGACUCAAGAAGAUAAAGAAAAUCUUGUAUAUCAGUAUUUGCGCAAAACAGACGAAAAGGCCGAUUUAAUCAUACCGGAUUUUGAAGAAGGACUUGAAUGGUUGAACACAGACGGCCCGUUGUCGCUCAGGAAGGAACUGACAGGCAAAGUGGUGGUGCUUGACUUCUUCACCUACUGCUGCAUAAACUGCGUGCACCUACUUCCUGAUCUACACCAGCUGGAGCAAAGUUACACCAUAGAAGACGGUCUGGUUGUUGUAGGUGUGCACUCGGCUAAAUUCCCCAAUGAGAAGGUCCUACAGAACGUACGCAGUGCGGUGUUGAGAUAUGACAUCACCCAUCCUGUAGUGAACGACAGCGAUGCCUCUCUGUGGCAAGAGCUGGAGGUGUCCUGCUGGCCCACGCUGGUACUGCUGGGACCCAGAGGGAACCUGCUUUUCUCCCUGGUGGGUGAAGGCCAUCGAGAACAGCUCUUCCUUUUCACUGCUGCUGCCCUCAAGCACUACAGAGAACAAGGGCUGCUCAAGGACCAUGAUGUGGAAAUCAAACUGUAUAGAGACUCCCUGCCUCCCUCCAUCCUCUCUUUUCCUGGGAAAAUAGCCAUGGACCCCAGCAGCAAGCGGUUGGCUAUUGCCGACACAGGACACCACAGGGUACUGGUGGUCUCCAAUACUGGACAGGUGCUGCACUCUAUAGGGGGUCCCUCAAGUGGGAGACAAGAUGGAAAUUUGUUUGAGGCACAGUUCAGCUCCCCACAAGGGGUGUUCAUAAAGGGAGACACGGUCUACGUGGCUGACACUGAGAACCACCUUGUUAGAAAGAUCAACCUUUCAGAAGGAAAAGUCUCAACCUUAGCCGGCACUGGCAUUCAAGGUACAGAUAAAGAAGGCGGCGCACCGGGACCACAACAGCCAAUCAGCUCUCCCUGGGAUGUUACCCUUGGCAACGCAGGUGGUGAUGUUUUGUGGAUAGCCAUGGCAGGAACGCAUCAGAUCUGGGCUCUCUUCCUGGAGGACGGGAAGCUUCCCAAAGGGAGCGACAGCAAAAAAGGAACAUGUGUGCGCUUUGCGGGCAGUGGGAAUGAGGAGAACCGAAAUAAUGCGUAUCCUCAUAAAGCGGGUCUGGCCCAGCCGUCAGGCCUGGCUCUUGCCCCGACAGAGCACUGGGAGUGUCUCUUUAUCGCUGACAGUGAGAGCAGCACCAUUCGUAGCCUUUCGCUGAAGGAUGGAGCAGUCAAACAUGUGGUGGGGGGAGAGAGAGACCCUCUGAACCUGUUUGCAUUUGGAGACAUUGAUGGUAAAGGCAUAGAUGCAAAACUGCAGCAUCCAUUAGGAGUGUCCUGGGAUGAGGGCAGCAGCCUCCUCUAUGUAGCUGAUUCUUACAAUCACAAGAUCAAAGUGGUGGAUCCGAAGACUAAGCAGUGCAGGGUGCUUGCAGGCACAGGGAAGGCUGGGAACGGACUUGGCCCAAGCUUUCUGGAGUCCAUCUUCAAUGAACCCGGAGGCCUGUGUCUGGGUGAAGGAGGAAAGCUGCUGUAUGUGGCGGACACCAAUAACCAUUGCAUCAAAGUCCUGGACCUGGAGACCAAAACGGUCUCUUUGUUUCCCAUUGUAGUUCAGCAAGAGGUUGAUGCUGUCCUCACAACCGCCAUUAGCAACACACCUGCGGUCAAAAAGCUUCCCAAGCUUCCCAAAUCAGCCCCAGUUUUUACAAUGCCAUCAAUCACAGUUCCUUCAGGACACUCAGUGACACUUUUGCUGAAAUUGGCACUACCGGCUGGGACCAAGCUGACCGAAGAAGCCCCUAGUUUCUGGAGCUUAUCUGCAGAAGGUAAUGAGUGGUUACUGGAAGGGCGAGCUGUGACGGGGAGCAUCAGUGAUCUCUCUGAACCCAUCUCGAUUGUCUCAUCAAUCCCAGUGGCCCCUGAAUCUACAGAUCCCACGCUGACGCUCAACGCCUGGGUCUACUGCUGCCUUUCUGAGGGCGGGGCUUGUAUGAUGAAGGCAGUGUCCUUUAAACAGCCUCUUCUGAUUAGUUCCACAUCUGAGGAAGGUUCUGUUGCUGUGAUGCUUGAGCAUGCCUUUUAAAACAAGUGUCCACCCAAAGGAUCUUGGGGCACAUUUAAAGGGAUACUUUACCCAAAAAUAAAAAUUCUGUCAUCAUUUACGAAGAUAUUUUGAAGAAUGUUGGUAACCAAACGAUUUCAGUUACUGUUGACUUACAUUGUACGGACAAAAAUGACAAUCAGUGGGAAUCAAAACUGCUUGGUUACCAUCAUUUUUCAGAAUAUCUUCCUUUAUGUUCCUCAGAAGAAAAUAAGUCAUAUAGGUUUGAGGGUGAGUAAAUGUUGACAGAAAUUAAAUUUUGGGUCAUCCAAAAAUGAAAAUUGUCAUUUUCUCACCAUCAUGUCGUUGCAACACAGAAUAAUUUCAAUAAAGUCCAAAUUGUGAAGGGGAAAAUGUCAGAAUUACCUUUUUUAUUUUUAUAUUCAGGAAACAAGCUUCCAUAGUUUUGGACCCCAUUGACUUUCAUUAUAUAGACAAAAACAUUUUUUCCUCCCUUUGUUUUCCAUAGAAGAAAAACAAAAUGGCAUGAGGGUGAGUAAAUGAUUUUUUAGUAGAAUAUCCCAUUAACAUUCAAAUCACAUCCCGCGGUUAACACAUACUGUAGUAAUCAGACACUUCAUAUGCUCGUCAGCAGGCUAAUGACGGAUUGCAAGUACUAAUUGUAGAGUGAGGAUCUGACUGUUACAUCUUGACAAAUAUUGAACAAAGUGCCUCAUUCUCAUCAGCAAUAUUUUUUGUAGUUCUGCUAUGUUUCACAUGAUUAAGCUUGUUAAAUAGCCUGAUAUCGUUAUCAGCCAUCUUCAGUCAGUCAGUCACUCACAUGCUCUCACACAAUAAUAUUUGAAAUUAUGAAGCAUAGUGUAAAAAUGUAGCCAGUGUCAGCUGCUCUGACAGCCUUUCAUGGUUGGGUUGGCUGAUAUUAUUAUUAUUAUUAUUAUUUUCCGCACUGCACAUUUUUUUUCUUAACCGUAUGAUACUGUAAGGCAGUCUUGUAAAUGAGGCGUCAGAUUUAAUGCUAUUUAAUUGGCAUUAUUUAUUAUUGUUUACCAGGCUUAAGUGCCUUUUUCAUGAGCAAUACACUUUAUAUGAAUGAUUACGUUUUGGAAAAUAAAGCAGUGACAUUCA